AGACCUCCAGCUUUUGAACACCACACUGUCUUACCUACUGGCCUUCCACCCCACGCACACAAAGAUAGAGAACCACAGAAGUAAUGUUACCUCUUCGUCUACCCCUGUUGUUCCUAUUGGUCAGUGUGGCCCUGUGCCAGUAUGAUGAUUAUGACUACCAACCUGCUUCCCGGUAUGGGCCCUCAGGACCUAACUGUCAUCAAGAAUGCGACUGCCCAUACAACUUCCCGACGGCCAUGUAUUGUGACAGCCGCAAGCUCAAGUUUGUUCCAGUAGUCCCUUCAGGAAUCAAGUACCUGUACCUUCAGAACAACCUGAUAGAAGAGAUCAAGGCAGGAGUGUUCGAUAAUGUUACCGAUACCCUUCGCUGGCUGAUACUUGACAACAACCAGAUUACCAAUGCUAAAAUAGAAAAGGGCACAAUCGACAAACUCAGUGCCCUGGAGAAGUUAUUCUUCAGCAACAACAACCUGACAGAGCCAGUCAUCCCUCCCUCAAAGUCCCUUGACGAGCUGAAGAUUAUGCACAACCAGUUGUCCAAGUUCCCUUCUGGACUGUUGAGUGACAAGGAGAACUUGACCUCCGUCAAUGUUCAAUACAAUCAGCUAACCUCUGAUGUCAUUGGGGGGGCAUUUAAAGGGCCGAAGAAAAUGCUGUCCCUGGAUGUGAGCCACAACAAGCUGAAGAAACUGCCGGCUGGAGUGCCCGGUUCACUGGAAAUCCUCUACGCUGACCACAACGAAAUUGAAAGUGUUGGAGCAGGGUACCUAGGCAAGCUUCCCUUGCUGCAGUCCCUGAGGAUCUCGCACAACAAGCUGGUGGACUCCGGAAUCCCUGCAGGAGUGUUCAACGUGACUUCACUGGUGGAGCUGGACCUGUCCUUCAACCAACUGAAGUCCAUCCCUGAGAUCAACGAGAAUCUGGAGCAACUCUACCUCCAGGCCAACGAGAUUGAAAAAUUUGACCUGACAAGUCUUUGCAAGUAUGUGUCGACUACAAGCUUUUCCCACCUGAAGCAUCUGCGUCUGGAUGCUAACAUGGUCACUCACAGCAGCAUGCCCCCUGAAACCUCCAACUGCCUGCGCGUGGCCUCAGAUAUCAUAUUUGAAUAAGGACCUCCCUCAAAUCUAUGCCCUCUCCAUGACCCCCUCUCCACUACGAUGACACAGAUCAGUCCAAAGGCUUCUGGAUUCAAAUGAUGUAAUAUCUGUAAUGUCAUCUUCAUCAUAUUAAUUCAUAUCUGGAAUUAAUCAAGAGCUGGGCAAAUUUGAGAUACAAUAUAUGGCAAUACAAGCUAUCAACAAUUUGGCAACAUAUCUCACCAAACAUGCAAUAAAACGUUUGGAUUCAUCAAACAUCGUACAAGAAUUUGGGAUAUUUGGCUCAAGGUAUGAUGUGUGAUCUCAGUGUUCUAAUGAACAUGAAGGUAUACAAAAUACAAACAAAUGUAAAAAUUAAAGGACCAAACGUUUUAUGAAUAAAAAUGUAUUCAUUUACUUUGAUAAUAAACACACACUUUACACAUUCCAAACUUGAAUUUGGUGAUAUUGAAUACAGACCGAAUGGAGUGAAAAAUGGCUCCAAUGUCUUAAUUCAGUCGUCAAUCGUGAUUUUGUUGUCUGUCUUGUGUGUUCCAAUGUUAAGCAUGUAUAAUACAAUGUGGGUACAAUAAUUAAUCCAUUGCUGUGCAAAGGACCAGUAAAUAAAGGACUGCGUUCUCAGAUUCCAAUGUAUAAUGCCUGAUGUAAGAAAUUAUGAGCAAAUGUAAAGAGCAGUUACAUAGACGUAUCAUUUGUAAACAACUUUCAAAAUACCAGUGUUUGUUAGUCGUGUCUGCCUUCUUCAUAAAUGGUGCAUUGGCUGAAAUACCAUGUUUUCUGAAUGAUUGACUUCUUUGAGCUAUAAAAUAAAACAAAUCGAUAAUUAAACCCAACCAAUAAACAUCCUUAAUGCCCAAGAGAAGAAGAGAAGAAUGAAGGAGACAUGCUUAAAAAACAUUGGUACUAACCUUGAAACGACUUACUCUGCUCAGUUAAACCUUGAGGUGAUACUGUAGGAGGUUUUUCUGGAAAUCAUGUCAAAUGUUUCUUAACGUGAACUCAUUUCUAGCUGUCUACUUUUAUGUGCAUUGCUGAUUUGUAUACAUUUGCAUUACCUGCAUGCAACCAAUGGUACCAUUCUUUUAUAAUAAACUACAGCUUUUGCAGUUAAGGCGCUUUCAUUGUUAUGUUGUUGUUCACCAUGUUUAAAAAUGGCUUCUUAUUAAUACAACUUGGCAGCAGUGUCAUUUGGGUUGAUGUUAUUAGAAUAAUGUUUUUUUGAACGUGAUUUUUUGUGUGGCCUUUGACUUGGUAACCGCUCUUGGAUUUGCUGUGAGGAAACCAAACAGAGAUCAAUAAACUAUGUUUCCAACAUAUUUGUAUGAUGAAUAAAUGUUGAGCAUGUAUGGAAACAAA